UUGCUUCAUUUUAUAGAAGAGAAGCAGUUAAGUGAGUCACUUAUUACUCAGAAGUCAGAAGGGAGUUGGAGCAAAAGUCUUGUGAUUCUACUUUUCCAAGCCACCUUCCAUUACUGCACACAUCUAGUCCCAACUGUCCCCUCUGCCCCAAAGUCCACUCUUGUCUCUUUAACUGGAAUAAAGAUAGCUAGUAAUAUUUAUAACACGUAGGGCUUUGUGUUAUUCCUUUGUAAAAGGAUCGAAAAUUUAUAAGAUGGCAUGUUCAGAGGACCCCAGAUUUAGAACUGGAAGGAACCUUAAAGAUCAGCGAGUUCAAUCUCUUCUUUUUUCAGAUGAGGAAACUGAGACCCGUGACUUACCUACGGUCACACAGGGAGUAAGCAACACAGAACCUUUAGGGACUUUUCCAGCUCGAAAUCCCCAUGGCUUUUUUUUUUUUUAUUAAUAACUUUUAUUGAUUUCUUUUGUGUUAACAUCAAUACUUACAACUUUGAACUAGCUACUGUAUUAAAGCCUUCUAAUCACAAGAGACCUCCAAGUUGACACCAACAACGGGAACACUAGUUCUGGGCCUGAACAAAAUCUCUGAUCGGCGACUGAAUCUGCAAGUUUUGGAUUGGUCCUGCUCAGCAAUUGCAGCUCUGGGAUAGACGUUUUUACCACCAGGAUCCGGGAAGGCACUUUGGGAGGCAAAUUGUGUAAAAUUCUAGUAAAAUGUCGCUGUCCAAGUUCCGAGGAGUGGGCGCAGGAGGCACCCUCUUGGACUCAGCGUGGAUCAAAUAGCCCACUGAUCGGAACCUUGAUUCUCCUUUAGGACUCUGGAGCCUCAGCUUUGAGGAGACUUAAAAAACAACCCAAGCCCUACAGAAACGUCAUUGUUGGAAAGAAAUUCGCAAGACUGAAAGAUGCAAUUAAAGGUGAUCUUUAAAGUACCUCAGUUUCUUCUUGAAAAGAGUUAAGUCCAUAUACCCCAAAUACAGAGGUGCCUUGGAAUGACUUUGUAUAUGACAUCGGCUCAAGUCAUUCAUCAGAUUGAAGAGGAAUUAGAUGAAGAUGAAAAGGAUGUGAUUCUCUUCCUGUGUCGUGAUCUUGCCCCAGACUUGGUCACAAAGUUGGACUUGCGGGAUCUCCUGUGCACCUUGAAUGAGAAGGGCAAGUUAUCUUCUGCUGGUUUGGCAGAGUUGCUGUACAGAGUAAGGAGGUUUGACUUGCUAAAGAAGAUAAUGAAAACGGACAAAGCCUCGGUGGAAGCCAGCCUGGUCAAAUACCCGCAACUGGUUUCUGACUAUAGGGUGCUGAUGACGCAACUUAGUGAAGAUAUGGACAAAUCGGAAGUGACUUCUUUCAGUUUUCUCCUAAGAGAUUAUAUGGGAGGAGGGAAAUCACACAAAAACAAGAGUUUCUUAGAUGUUGUCAUCAACUUAGAGAAAGUAAAUUUGAUUGCUCCUGACAAGUUAGAUUUACUGGAAAAAUGUCUGAAGAACAUUCACAGGAUAGACCUGAAGAAAAAAAUUCAGAAAUAUAAGCAGUCAGCUUUGGGAGCAAAUUAUGUGAGUGGAAUCCAGACUCCCCUGUUAAGUGCAGGCCUGAUGGACAAGUUGGGGCUCAAGAAUGGGAUGAUUAAAGAAGAAAGACCUAUCUUUGGACAGAAUGGAAUUUCAAAACCGAUUAAAACAUCCAUUCAGGAAUCUGAAAAAUCCUUGCCUCAGAUGGCUUGUGACAUAUACAAGCUACAGAGUCAACCAGUGGGGCUCUGCUUAAUAAUUGAUUGCGUCGGCAAUGAUGCAGAUCCACUUAAAGAGACAUUUACUUCCCUGGGCUUCGAAGUUCAGUGUUUCAAUCACUUGAGCAUGCAACAAAUAGACAACGUUCUCCAUCAAACUGCACGCCUUUCCAAGCACCAAGACUAUGACAUCUUUGUGUGUAUUGUGAUCAGCCGUGGGGACUCGGAGAGCAUCUUUGGAAUCAGUCAGCCUAAUUUCAGACUCCCUCUGCAUCAGAUAAAGAAGUUUUUCACGGGGGAUGCUUGUCCUUUGCUCUUGGGGAAACCCAAACUCUUUUUUAUUCAGAACUAUGUGGUACCCAAAGACCACAGGGAGGCAAAUAGUCUCUUAGAGGUGGAUGGUGGAGAUGGCAAAGUGUCUUAUCAUGCAUGGGGACCCAGAAGCUCCAGUCUUCAUCAAGAAGCCGACAUCUUUUGGAGUAUGUGCAAGGUGAAUGUUUCUGUGCUGGAGGAGGCUCCCGGUUCACCAUCCUUCUACCUGCAUUGCCUGUCACAGCUCCUAUGUCAACCUAAGGAGAAAAGAUCCUCCCUCUUGACUCUCCACAUCGAUCUCAACAACAAAAUCUAUGACUGGAACAGCAGAGUGGCUCCUGAACAGCAGUACUCCAUUGUGAUAGAGCAUACUCUGAGGAAGAAAAUUAUUUUUUCCUUUAGAAGAAAGAAAGAAAAAAAGGACUCGCAUGAACAGUUUUGAGAUGGGACCUCAUUUCUCUUGAAUAAUUUUCUUCAGUGGCAAAUGUAUGUGUGUAUGUUGGUGUGGUUGCUGUGGGAUGAGUAAGUGCUUGGGGAAGUGCUAUGUUGAAAUAAUGGAAAUGGGGUCUUUGAAGACUGAGUGGUAUUUUAUCAUAUGAGACCAGAUGGAAGAACCAAAGAAUAAGUAAUAGGGUCUCUUUUAGUGUUUUUUUCCCUGUUCGGUUCCUUAGGUGCUUUAUUUUCUUGAGAGGUGUAACAGGAGAAAACUCACAUUUCAUACAUCAGUCUUCAGAGCUGGAGGGGUUUCUAGUUAGCAUUCAGGUCCAUUAAACAAAUUUGGUCUAUAAAUGACAGGUCUGGUUUCUCAGACAGAGCUAGAUUCAAAUAAUGGAGUAAAGUUUUCUCACAGUACCAAAUUUGGAUUUAAUGGAAGGGGGGCGGGGAAUUCUGUAACAAUUAUCAUUACUUCCAAAUAGAAAGUGGGAAAGAAUGCAUUCCCCCUCACAGAUGGUCUUCGAGUAAUGGCUUGGGUAUAUUGUGGAGGGAUUCAUUUUCAUUUGUGAGUUGUACUAAUGGCCUCUAAAGUCCCUUUGUCAACUGACAUUCUGUGACACUCUAUGAUAGCUUCCAAACUUGGUUCACCCUUUUUAUACAAGGUAUAUAUAUGCUAAGUGACAUUACAUUAAUGAAUCUUGGAUACAGAAAAUUCAUUUAUUAUCUUUUUUAAAAAAAUGUAUUUUAUGUUCUAGGAUGAACAGCUGUAAAUGACUUUG